CCUGCUGGGGGCGCUGUCUGGAAAUCCUAACACUUUCGAGUGCAAUCCCUCAGCAGGCCGCUCGGUCCGGCUAACAGCCCUUCCGGCUUCGCCGCCAUUACAGACAGCAGACAUGACUAUCCGCUACCCGAUGGCCGUCGGCCUUAAUAAAGGCCACCGAGUCACCAAAAAUGUCAGCGCGCCCAAACACAGCCGCCGACGCGGGCGUCUGACCAAACACAGCAAGUUCGUCAGAGACAUGAUCCGCGAGGUGUGCGGCUUCGCGCCGUACGAGAGGCGAGCCAUGGAGCUGCUCAAAGUGUCCAAGGACAAGAGGGCGCUCAAGUUCAUCAAGAAAAGGAUUGGCACUCACAUCCGCGCCAAGAGAAAGCGCGAAGAGCUCAGCAACGUGCUGGCCGCCAUGAGGAAGGCCGCCGCCAAGAAGGAUUAAAAUGGCUUCAAAUGUUGGAAUACA